CACGCAAACACACACACACACACACACACAUUAUUUUGGACAUUAUUUAGAAUUUCCUAUUUCUCCAGACCAACCAAUCAGUGUUGAGAAAUCAGGAGUACGGUUCUUAAUUCUUACUCAAGAAUAAAGCUUCCUUCUCGGGUCAAAGUCAAAAAUGAAGAAAGUCUCUCUGAGUAUUCUGAUGUGGUGUUUGCUGGCAGCUUUCAUGCCUUGCGCUUUAAGUGCAACACUUCCUUCUAAUUCUGACAGAGAAAAUAAACUGAAUAUGGCACUGCAGAAGAGGCAUCUCUGUGUGCCUAAAAGGAGUUUAGAAGAUUCAGUUGAACACCUCGCUCAGCAAGAGAACAGGAAUAUGGGCACACCUAUAUCACAGAGCAGUGAUAAUCCAAACAGAAGGGGGAAAAGAGGUUGUAACCUGCUCACCUGCUCAGUACAUGAUCUGGCCUACCGCCUCAGCAAGCUCAGUAAUAAGAUGAAUAAUGCUCCCCUACACAAGAUCAGUCCCUGUGGCUUUGGCCGGAGACGGAGGCGUUCCCUCUUUCGGCGCUCCGCUGCUCAGACCCAUCUGACUGCAUCUGAGACAUGACUCAUAACAAACAGACUUAGCCCUAAGCCUUUAUCAUCUUCUUGGCUUAGUUUUCUUAAAAAAAUACAAGCAUUGAAAAUGGGAAAUAUCUGCUAAUGUCAAAGCAACCAAGUACUUUCUUGAACAUAUUUUAUCAGACAGACAGAACUUAAGAAGAGAUCUCAGGUCCUCUAGAUUGGGUAAAACGCUGCAGGAAGCUCUGUUUUGUAAGAAAGAAAAGCAGAGACUAUGAAAGAGAUAAGAAAGGUGUGGCGUAAGAUAAAACAAUAAAACAAGCUUGAGCAGUUCUGUAUUCAUUUUGGAUAUUUCUAAUUCUUUCAUAGCUUUGGGAUCAGACCAGCUCGCUGUCUCUCCCCAGUGCAUUGCAUAUAACUUAAAGAAAGUGAAAAAGCAGUGGGUUUUCACAGAUGAGUUUUACAGAAACUUAAAUACUAGCUAAGAAACCUUCACCAAUCCAAAGAAGUUUUUGUGAAAGAUGGAUGUGAA